UAAAUUGUUAGGCAGAUGCUUUUGAUGACUGCAUGUCGUCGAGUGCUGGCUUGGGCAGACGGGCGUGAUAGUAGUUUCCGCAGUGUGACCAAUAAUACUCACACAAACGUCACGUCCACCCCCGUCCGAGACCGACCUCGCGUAAAGCGUCGCGCCAGGCACCUACAUCAUGUCUUUACAAUAGCCUGCUCGCCCACCACGGCACUCCUACGCAUCAAUCGUCGGCAAAGUACAUCAUCAUGGCCGACUCCCCCGAACUCGCCACCAAGGCGCUCGAGAGCGACGCCCAAGACGACAACACAGCAGCACAAACCAGCGGCAUCCCAGGCGACAGCAAGCCCGACCAAGGCGCGGGCAGCAUGGGCGAGCACUGCGUGACCGACCGUCCCGCCCCCGCCGGCCAAACUCCCACCGGUGAAGUCGCCAAAUACGGCGAGGUGGAAGUGUACAUCACCAAACCUGCCGACUACCCCCACCAACCCUCCAAACUCCUUCUGCUCUUGACCGGCGGCACGGGGAUCCACAGUGUCAAUAACCAGCUUCAAGCAGACCGGUAUGCGGCUGAGGGGUUUCUUGUGGCCAUGCCGGAUCAGUUCGCCGGUGACCCUGCGCCUACAUCUACCACGACCCUCGCCGCGGACGAGAACAUGAGUGUGCUGGAGCAGGUGAAGCUAGGGAUGGUCAACGUGGCCAAGAGCUUUACGAUCGACAUGUGGCUUGCGCGACAUACGCCGGAGAAGGUGCUGCCCGUGUUGGAGAGGGUGAUUGUGGCCGUGAAGGAGGAGUUUGCGGAUGCGGUCGAGAGCGGGGGCGGGGUGUACGCGGUGGGGUACUGCUUUGGUGCAAAGUAUGUCCUGUUACUGGGCGGGGAAGGGAGUCAGGAUGCGAACGCCGCGAAGACAGCGGCGGCAGAAGAAGAAGGGAUGGUCGCACAUGGACCGCAGAUCAAAGUCGGUGCCAUUGCGCACGGGACGCAAGUCACGAGGGAUGAUAUUGCAGGCAAUCGCGUCCCUCUGACCAUCGUCGCGGUCGAGAACGACUCGUUGUUCCCAGAGGAUGUGCUGGAAUCUGGCAGGCAGGCCCUCAAGGAGCAGAAUGUGGAGCUGGAAGUUCAGACGUACCCGAAAGUGCCUCACGGAUUCGCGGUGUUGGGGGACUACGACGACACGAGUAUUGUUGAGGCGCAGAAGGAGGCCUUCCAGCAGAUGCUUGCAUGGCUGAAGAGCCAUUGAUGGGCAUGGGAGGCCUUCCAGCAGAUGCUUGCAUGGCUGAAGAGCCAUUGAUGGGCAUGGGAGGCCUUUCUAACGAUUAACGUCGAGUCAGAGGGUGGUCACGAAGACGGGGCGUCAGGAGUAUAAGAUA